AUGACACCCUUUUCUUACGGUCACGUGGAUGACAAAUACCAGAACCAAGAGCUGGGCCCAAGUUUUUCACUUCGCAGCCUGCUCUUCCACCUGUUUUCUGCUGAGAACCUCUGCAGCUGUUCCAAGAAUCUAGCAUCCUUCCUACGUCAGCCUCCCAGAGGCUGUACUGGGAUUGCAGAUGAAAAAAAAGACAUUGACCACGAGACAGUGGUUGAAGAGCAGAUCAUUGGAGAGAACUCACCUCCUGACUACUCAGAGUAUAUGACAGGAAAGAAACUCCCUCCUGGAGGAAUACCUGGCAUUGACCUCUCAGACCCUAAACAACUGGCAGAAUUUGCUAGAAUGAAGCCAAGAAAAAUUAAAGAAGAUGAUGCUCCAAGAACAAUAGCUUGCCCUCAUAAAGGCUGCACAAAGAUGUUCAGGGAUAACUCUGCUAUGAGAAAACAUCUGCACACCCACGGCCCCAGAGUCCACGUCUGUGCAGAAUGUGGCAAAGCUUUCGUUGAGAGCUCAAAGCUAAAGCGACACCAGCUGGUUCAUACUGGAGAGAAGCCCUUUCAGUGCACGUUUGAAGGCUGCGGGAAGCGCUUUUCACUGGACUUCAAUUUGCGCACGCAUGUGCGAAUCCAUACCGGAGACAGGCCCUAUGUGUGCCCCUUCGAUGGCUGUAAUAAGAAGUUUGCUCAGUCAACUAACCUGAAAUCUCACAUCUUAACACACGCUAAGGCCAAAAACAACCAGUGAAAAGAAGAGAGAAGACCCUUCUCAGCCACGGGAAGCAUCUUCCAGGAGUGGGAUUGGGAGUGAAUAUGCCUCUCCUUUGUAUAUUAUUUCUAGGAAGAAUUUUAAAAAUGAAUCCUACACACCUAAGGGACUUGUUUUGAUAAAGUAGUAAAAAUUUAAAAAGAAACUUUAAUAAGAUGACAUUGCUAAGAUGCUCUAUCUUGCUCUGUAAUCUCGUUUCAAAAACACGGUGUUUUGUAAAGUGUGGUCCCAGCAGGAGGACAAUUCAUGAACUUCGCAUCAAAAGACAAUUCUUUAUACAACAGUGCUAAAAAUGGGACUUCUUUUCACAUUCUUAUAAAUAUGAAGCUCACCUGUUGCUUACAAUUUUUUUAAUUUUGUAUUUUCCAAGUGUGCAUAUUGUACACUUUUUGGGGAUAUGCUUAGUAAUGCAAUGUGUGAUUUUUCUGGAGGUUGAUAACUUUGCUUGCAGUAGAUUUUCUUUAAAAGAAUGGGCAGUUACAUGCAUACUUCAAAAGUAUUUUCCUGUACAAAAAAAAAGUUAUAUAGGUUUUGUUUGCUAUCUUAAUUUUGGUUGUAUUCUUUGAUGUUAACACAUUUUGUAUAAUUGUAUCGUAUAGCUGUAUUGAAUCAUGUAGUAUCAAAUAUUAGAUGUGAUUUAAUAGUGUUAAUCAAUUUAAACCCAUUUUAGUCACUUUUUUUUCCAAAAAAUACUGCCAGAUGCUGAUGUUCAGUGUAAUUUCUUUGCCUGUUCAGUUACAGAAAGUGGUGCUCAGUUGUAGAAUGUAUUGUACCUUUUAACACCUGAUGUGUACAUCCCAUGUAAUAGAAAGGGCAACAAUAAAAUAGCAAUCCUAAAGAAAGAGUAUGGCAGAAAAAGAUCUGUAAGCACAGUCAUUUUCUUUUGUUGUCCAGAAUACUUAAAUUCUUGAGCCUCCCAGAAAUUGGAAGCUAAAUAAAGCAACUCAAGUUUCCUUUAUUUUCACUCAGUUACAGUGACUUGUGAUUAAAGUGAUGCAUGGAUAUUUUGAUACUUCCUACACAUCCUGGAUUCUGAAAGAGUAGGUAGCAGGCACCCCGCGGUAAGGAACUACCUCAGUACCCAGGCCGGGCCGUGGGUGGUAGGCAGCUUCGGCAUCCCCGAUGCAUGGCCCAAGCCUUUCCGCAGGGCAAGGGGCCCGCUGGCCAUGGGUGUGCGGAGGAAGGCCAGGCCUUCCUUCUGCUGCACAGGCUGCCGCGAAGGAGGCGCCGUGGGCCCUUGGCCUGCCCGCCAGGAGACACGGUUGCCGGUUAUCUGGUUGGAGAGCCCUUGUUCCUCCGUCUUAGUGGAGUCCUUACUCAGUGCUAGCAAAUGUGGCAAGUGAGCGCCGGUGGCAGGAUUUCCGCCUCUGAACGGACACUGCUGCUUGGCAGGGCGAUCAGAAGGUCCCUAGGGAACUGUACUCGGUGAGUACUUGACCGCUCCUUUUGUGGCCUCUUCUAUGUACAAUUAUAAUUUCUGAGUUUUACUUGGGAUCAAAGACCAGACUUGCUGAGAAUAUUUUAUAAACUGCCAUGGUACAGCAAAAUCCCAUUUUCUCAAAACGCAAACACAUCAUGCGUCUUCUGUGCCGAACGCUUGGCCCUCCGACGUGGAGGACAACCUAGCUUAAGAGCACAUUUCUUUACAAAAGGCCCAGGACACCAUCGGUCCAACAGUGUAGCCUGAUUUCUUCCAGCUUCUUCACCAGGAAGGUCGGUGACCCGAACACACUGACCCUGUGGCUCUGGAAUUUUGAAGUGCCUUCUGCAUCAUAAAGAAAGCUUCAACUUCAGACACUUGUUUUUAUUUGUCCAGAAUCUGUUCUCCAUUGGGUAGUUUAGAACGGAGGUGAUUCGAAGACCCCAGAGGUUCCCUGGCAGUCAGGAGCGGUAAGCCCACAGUGGAGGGCCACCCUAGAAAGCUGGGGGCCCUCGGCCAGCUGGGGCGAGGUGACAUUGGUCCCGCCCGUACCCGCCCACGCCUCGCUCCCCCCAUCACGUGGAGCAGUCCUAGUGGUUGCACAGAGACCCUGCUCCCCGCAGUGACUGAUUAGGGGCACAGGGCCACAUCGCCCACACCCACACCCAGCAUUUCCUGCGCUAGAGCCUGGCCCUGGCCGCAGCCCUGGGAGGUGUGCCGUGACCUGUGACCUGCAGGGGCUGGGCUCCCGCGUGGAACCGGGUGCCUCUUCCUUGUGCCUUCAUCCCACGGGGGAUGCGCUUGGCGAUCUUCCCUUUCUCUCUACGUGGAGUAGGCCUCGUCCUCCCCUCUUCUCUGUUCCCACCUGAGUCUGCAGUUUACUUCUACAGAGAGUUCAAAGAAAACUUUGCGAUGUAGCGCUCUGAUUGACGGCCGUAGUGUAGGAAACUAGUAAACGAGCAACAGUGUAAGCGUAGAGGUAGUUCUCACAGGGUUUAACCUAAACCCACUUUGCUUGUUAGAAUUUAUAAUUUUGUUAAAGAUGAUAUUUACUAAAAUUCGAAAUGUGUUCUACAGUGAUUCCAUUGUCUUGAGAAUUAAAUGAUUUAUAAGUAAUACUGAUAGACAUAUUUUCUUAUAUGAGCAGAAAUAAAUGCAUGUUUUUAGCAUAUGUAAUAUAAAACUCCAGAGGAUAAGUUUACACCUAACAAGAUGUUGUUUUCUAUUUUUGAAUUUCUUCCCCUCUUCAGUAGUGAGGCUGCUGGGGGGGUAUAAUAUUUGUAUAAAGAACUGUCACUCCAGAGUGAUGUUUAAAGGCCUGCGGAGUUGAGAGUCGAUUUCCUGUGCCUAGUUGGCUCUUCUAAAUGUUGCUCUACUGGGCAAAUCCAAGGAAGUAGGCCCCUCGGGACGAGUGUGUGUGCGCGCCCUGGCCGCCUGGGCGUGCAGCUCCAGUCCAUCGUCACGGUGAGGAGACCUGUGGUGGGCAGUGCACGCCUGGAGAGACGGUCAGCCCGGGUAGUGUCAUUCGAGUCCUGACCUGCCUUCCAGGGCCGCCUCGCCCGCCAACCCCCCAGCAGAGCCCACCUGUCAGAACCCACCCCCGAGGUGUCUCCAGCUGGGGUGCAUGUCUGCGGCACAGGAGAGCCUAGGCCCCAAAAUAAGGCUUAGAACUGGCCAUGUGCUCCCCCACCCACCUCCACUCCGGGCAGAGUUGGUCGCACGUUGUCUCUGACCCAUCUCUGAUCUGGAAUCGCGUGGCCUGCAGAGUUCAUGUUAAUCUCGUUCCAUGAUGUCUUUGACGUUUGACCAGUAGAAAGAGCAGGGAUCCCGGAGGUCAGAAACACGAAGAGUUGCUGCUGUUCAGGCCACCCUCGAUGUCACACCCAUGCCAAGGGGCUCCCUCCUAGCUGCCCUGUGGGCCGGACGCAGCUAGCCCCUGUCCUGGCACUGCGUCGCCUGGCCCCAUCCGACUGCAGCCCUUGGUCCUGGCUCAUGCGGCACUAGCAUGACCACAGCAUCUCUUCAGGGUAGAGGCCCCAAGUGAUAGGAAGCCAAGGCUCGCAGCGCUGGCCACACACCUGUUUGUGGCUUUGCCAGGGGCGCUCCGCGCCUUUCUGAUGUCUUGUUUCGCGGCACCACGCGCCGCGUGGCUGCCCAGGCCUUGCUCAGGUUGUGUUCGCAUGGGAGCACCAGCCGGGGAGAGCGGAGACAGUGCUGAAGGCCUCGCAUCCUUCCGGGGCCUGAGUGGCUUGCAGGGCUGAGCUGGGACGACAGGGAGACUUGCUGGGCGGGGCCGGUGGCAGGUGCGUGGACCGCCACUGCCCGAAGACACUGGAAGGGGGCGUUGAAACGUCAGCAAAUGGAACCUCCCACAAACGUACCAAGGCGAGAGUGGCUGCAGCCCCCUGCGUCCCGGCCAGCCUGCUGGGAAAGAUGAAAUGCCAGAGAAGGCCCUGAGCCUGCUGCGGGAGCUUGCGCUGGGCCGCCUGCUGUCCCAGCCGGGGACUGAUGCCAGGCGGGGAAGGGGCGUUAGUCCCACACGGAGUGACCUGUUCUCCGCAGCGUCGGAGCCCAGUCGGCUCUGCUGCUGUCCGCAGAUGUUCACUUUCUGGCGACCUUUGUAGGGCCUGGCUCAAGGACAUAGCAUUGUGUCUCAUGUUCAUCUUUUUCUUAAGUGUUCUUUGCCAUUUCUGGAAUUGUCCUUGGUUUUUCCUUAGCUCAUAGGUCAUAGACGCAGAAUAUUAUAGUAUUUAAGGCAUCCGCAUCAAGCAUCAGAUGGCUUUGCAUCCAGAAAAACAGUGAUAACUCAGUUUGAAGCACCAAGCAUGUGUAACAUGGCUCUAUAAAAUAUAAUAAACGCAUAAUGUUAAGCUUG